UGUGCGGCAUUGCGGUUCUCGCUCCCAUCCCUCUCCCCCCGCUGUCCCGCGACUCGGAAACAUCUGGAGAAGGGGGGGAGGGAGAGCCGUUCUCCUGUUAUGUGUGUUUGCACGCCCGGGUGUCAGGCCUACUACCCACAAUGCCGUGCGGCUCUGGCCGCUCCGCUCUGUCAUGGAGGCAACCGCGGGGGCCGCUGAAGCAACCGCAUCUGACGCGGCUGGAGAAGCAGAAACUGCGGCCGUGGCGCCCCGAGCCACCUUCCUUUCCUGCCGGGCGACUUGAGACGUCUAGCCUCGCAGGGGCUCAUCCAGCAUGAGUGGCGGCGGGGGGACCGGCGGCGGCGGCGGCGGAGGAGGAGGCACCAGCAGCGGCUCCGGCUCCUCUUCGUCUGCUCCUGGCCGCUUCGCUGACUACUUCGUGAUCUGCGGGCUGGACACCGAGACUGGGCUGGAGCCGGACGAGCUCUCCGCAUUAUGCCAGUAUAUACAGGCCUCUAAAGCCCAAGAUGGUGGUGGCCGUUUCAUUUCAAGUUCAGCAGAAGGUGAAAAUUUUGAACAAACUCCAUUAAGACGCACAUUCAAGUCCAAAGUUCUUGCUCAUUAUCCUGAAAAUGUUGAAUGGAAUCCUUUUGAUCAGGAUGCAGUGGGAAUGCUAUGUAUGCCGAAGGGUCUGUCUUUCAAGACACAAGCUGAUGCCCGAGAACCUCAGUUUCAUUCAUUCAUCAUUACCCGUGAAGAUGGCUCACGGACAUUUGGGUUUUCUCUCACAUUUUAUGAGGAAGUUACCAGCAAACAAAUCUGUAGCGCAAUGCAGACAUUGUAUCACAUGCACAAUGCGGAAUAUGAUAUUCUUCAUACUCCUCCUACAAAUGACAAAGAUAACUGUAGUACCAUGGAAGACUGUAAUGGCACCUCUGUAUCAAAGUUACAGAGAUUUAAUUCAUAUGAUAUUAGUAGAGACACUCUAUAUGUCUCUAAAUGUAUCUGUCUGAUAACCCCAAUGUCUUUCAUGAAGGCAUGUAGGAAAGUACUUGAGCAACUCCAUCAAGCUGUAACUUCACCUCAACCACCACCAUUACCUUUGGAAAGCUUUAUCUACAAUAUACUCUAUGAAGUUCCUCUUCCUCCAGCAGGGAGAUCCCUAAAAUUUUCAGGAGUUUAUGGACCAAUUAUCUGCCAGAGGCCAAGCACCAAUGAACUGCCAUUAUUUGACUUUCCCGUUAAAGAAGUUGUUGACUUACUUGGAGUAGAGAAUAUGGUUCAACUCUUCACUUGUGCUCUUUUGGAAUUUCAGAUACUGCUUUAUUCACAGCAUUAUCAGAGAUUGAUGACUGUGGCAGAGACAAUCACAGCACUGAUGUUUCCAUUCCAGUGGCAGCACGUGUAUGUUCCCAUCCUUCCAGCUUCUCUCCUACAUUUUCUAGAUGCUCCUGUCCCUUAUUUGAUGGGCUUGCACUCUAAUGGACUAGAUGACCGGUCUAAACUGGAGCUUCCCCAAGAGGCAAAUUUGUGUUUUGUGGACAUAGACAACCACUAUGUUGAGUUGCCAGAAGACUUGCCUCAAUUUCCGAAUAAACUUGAAUUCAUUCAGGAAGUCUCUGAGGUCCUUAUGGCUUUUGGGAUUCCACCUGAGGGAAACUUGCAUUGUAGUGAAAGUGCCUCUAAGAUGAAGAGCCUCAGGACAUGUGACAUAGUCUCUGAUAAGAGAAAUGGGAACAUAGCAGGAUCACCUUUAAAUUCUUAUGAACUGUUGAAAGAAAAUGAGACCAUAGCAAGACUUCAGGCACUUGUCAAAAGAACCGGUGUGAGCCUAGAAAAGCUUGAAAUUCGGGAGGAGACUGGUAGCAAGAAAGAUCUCAAAGUACAAUGUGAUGAAGAAGAGUUCAAGGUUUACCAGCUCAACAUUCAAGUACGGGAAGUUUUUGCUAAUUGUUUCACUCAGAUGUUUGCGGAUUAUGAAGUAUUUGUUAUUCAGCCCAGUCAAGACAAAGAAUCAUGGUUUACGAACAGGGAGCAGAUGCAGAACUUUGAUAAAGCAUCGUUCUUAUCUGACCAGCCUGAGCCUUAUUUGCCUUUCCUCUCGAGAUUUUUGGAGACACAGAUGUUUGCUUCUUUUAUCGACAACAAGAUCAUGUGCCAUGAUGAUGAUGAUAAAGACCCUAUUUUGAAAGUGUUUGAUUCUAGAGUGGAUAAAAUUAGACAGUUAAAUGUUCGAACACCAACUCUGCGCACAUCUAUGUAUCAAAAGUGUAUUACUUUCAAUGAGGCUGAGAAAGCUAUAGAGUUAAGACUGGCAAAAAUAGAUCACACUGCAAUCCAUCCUCACUUACUGGAUAUGAAGAUUGGACAAGGAAAAUAUGAACCUGGAUUUUUCCCUAAGCUUCAAUCUGAUGUACUUUCUACAGGACCAGCAAGCAAUAAAUGGACCAAGCGAAAUGCACCUGCACAAUGGAGGCGGAAAGACAGACAGAAGCAGCACACAGAGCACCUUCGUCUGGACAAUGAUCAGAGAGAGCACCUGGAUUUUCCUUUGCCAGAGCUUCAGUUGCAAUUAUGUUUAGACUUGGACCAGCAUGAUUGGCCUUUCAGGCACUCUUUUAAAUCUGUUUCAGAGCUUUACCUGAAAUAUAUACAAGAAGCCCGGAAUUUGGGGAGUACUAUCCGGCAGCCCAAAUUAUCUAAUCUUUCACCAUCAGUAAUUGCACAGACCAACUGGAAAUUUGUUGAAGGUUUGCUGAAAGAAUGCCGAAAUAAGACAAAAAGGAUGCUAGUAGAAAAAAUGGGUCGUGAAGCGGUGGAACUUGGUCAUGGUGAAGUAAACAUUACAGGCGUAGAAGAAAAUACAUUGAUAGCCAGCCUUUGCGAUCUUUUGGAAAGGAUAUGGAGCCAUGGUCUUCAGGUGAAGCAGGAUAGAAGCUGUACUACUUUCAUCCUAGAAGAUAGAGCAUCAGUAUACUCUGCUACAACUCAGAUUUGGGCCUUUCAGACCAGCAGGCGGCCAACCCUACAUAAGGGGAAAUCUGCUUUGUGGUCACACCUAUUACAUUACCAAGAAAACAGGCAGCGGAAACCUACAUCAGGAAGCUUCAGCACCUCAGGAAUACUUCUUGAUUCAGAAAGAAGAAAGUCAGAUGCCAGCCCAGCAAUGUCUCCCUUAAGGGUAUCUCUCAUCCAAGACAUGAGGCAUAUUCAGAACAUUAGUGAGAUCAAAACUGAUGUUGGUAAGGCUAGAGCUUGGGUUCGGCUUUCCAUGGAAAAGAAAUUACUCUCCAGACACCUGAAACACCUUCUUUCUGAUCAUGAACUAACGAAAAAACUGUACAAGCGCUAUGCUUUCCUUCGCUGUGAUGACGAGAAAGAGCAGUUUCUUUAUCAUCUCCUGUCGUUCAACGCUGUUGAUUAUUUUUGUUUUACCAAUGUUUUUACAACAAUUUUGAUUCCAUACCAUAUAUUGAUUGUUCCUAGCAAAAAGCUCGGUGGCUCAAUGUUCACAGCCAAUCCAUGGAUAUGCAUUUCAGGAGAACUAGGUGAAACAGGAGUCCUACAGGUUCCAAGGAACACCCUAGAGAUGACGUUUGAGUGUCAGAACCUGGGAAAACUUACCACAGUACAAAUAGGACAUGAUAAUUCUGGGCUGUACGCCAAGUGGCUAGUGGAAUAUGUUAUGGUCAGAAAUGAAGUAACGGGGCAUACUUACAAGUUUCCAUGUGGGAGGUGGCUUGGAAAAGGGAUGGAUGAUGGCAGUUUAGAGAGGAUCCUAGUGGGAGAAUUGCUGACCUGCCACACUGAGGUGGAUGAAAGGCAGUGCAGAACCCCUCCUUUGCAACAGUCCCCAAGCAUGAUCCGAAGAUUUGUCACUAUAUCGCCAAACAACAAACCAAAGUUAAAUACAGGUCAGAUACAAGAAUCUAUUGGUGAAGCAGUAAAUGGAAUCGUCAAACAUUUUCACAAGCCAGAGAAAGAGAGAGGCAGUUUGACACUUCUGCUGUGUGGAGAAGGUGGGCUUGUCUCAGCUCUUGAACAGGUUUUGCAGCAUGGAUUUAAAUCUCCCCGGCUCUUUAAAAAUGUCUUCAUUUGGGACUUUCUAGAAAAAGCACAAGGUUAUUAUGAAGCUCUAGAUCAGAAUGAAUUGGUUCCGGAGGAAAACUGGCAGACAAGGGCCAGGAGUUUUUGUCGCUUUGUCACAGCCAUCAACAACACUCCUAGAAAUAUUGGGAAGGAUGGCAAGUUUCAGAUGUUGGUAUGCCUUGGAGCCAGGGAUCACCUCUUACACCAUUGGAUUGCCUUGCUGGCAGACUGCCCCAUCACAGGUCAGAUGUAUGAGGAUACAGCACUGAUGAAGGAUCAUACCCUAGUGAACUCCUUGAUCCGUGUGCUGCAGACCUUGCAGGAGUUCAACAUAACACUGGAGGCAUCCCUUGUUAAAGGAAUUGACAUCUGAUCUAUCUCUUGCUGCAAGCACUGUAAAAACAAAAGCAAAAAGCAACAAGGAACAAACCAUUACUAGUAUGCAAAGAUUCUAUCUGCUAAUACAUUGCAUCUGAACAUUCACAUCAUUCAACACAACUUUUCUAGAAAGAAGCUCUAAAUAGACUGUGAAAAAAUUGAUAGAAGCUGUAAACCCAAUGUGUAACAGGAAAAAUAUUCCUAUAAAUCGGUUUUAGAGUUUAUUUCUUGAUUUGCUUUUACACACUUUCAUGUGAAAGAAUUAGAUAAUGAGUAUUGUACAGCUUAUUUUAAAGCUGUAAUAUUUCCUUGCCAUAGAGAAUGGUGCAGUGAAAGUUCUCUGAACUUGCCUUUGGACUGUAUGUCACAAAGUGUAACUCACACAUUCCAUUUCUGCUAAGGGUCAUUCAGCAAUUGAAAAACUAAUAUUUUAUUAUAUAUUAACAUCAUCAUCACUGGCUUUUCCAUGUUGGGUCACUGCUGUGCUGCAAGGAAGACUAAAUGUGUUAAUUAUUGUUUUUAAUAGCUUCAAAGCACUGAAGUCAUCAGCAAUUUUUAAACAUUUUUUGUUAUCAGUAUUAUUUUUUAGCAAACUAUAGAGGAGCAAACCAUGUGGAUGUGCAGAGAUCAGUGAUAUUUUUUCAUAUGGGUACAAAAUUGCACAGCGCAAUUGUAAGCGUGUUUUUAACUGGCAUUUAUUUAUUUAACUUUUCAUCAUGUUGUAAUGUCUUUGUCUAAACAAGCAAACAAACAAAAACUAUCCCUCUGUACUUAACAGGCUAUCUUACAUGUCUCUGUGUUUUCAGUUUAGGACCUAAUUAGAGUAUAGGGCACUUAAAUAAAAAGCCCAAAAUAAGAGCGUCUGUUAGCAGAAUAUGCCUUAGCAUGGUAUUGCCUUUUAUUUUAUAUGUGACAACCCUUCAACUGAUAAAUACUUGAGGAUAACCCUAAAGUCCAUGUAAAGUCUAUUAUAGUGUCUAACAGUCUAAUCCAAGGUUUAUUGCAACAGCACAUACAUGCAUAGGAUAGGACAUAGAAGCAGCUUUCCAUUUGUGUGACGCUCCUGCAUUACUAGCACAACGUUAUAAUAGCCUCACAGACAUAUGUGCUGGUGCAAACAUUUGGAAUUGGGUGUGAGUGAGGUCAGUAUUACUGUGACUUACCUAUGCUGCUACUCAACCUAAUGUCAUGUCAGAGUUCCAGGUCUUUCUCUUGGUAACCCUAGUUCACUGGCAGAAGAACCCAUGCAGGAUUUUCUUUAGAAAUGCUGAGCACUCAAGUACUAAUAUGUGUGGUUUUAUUAAAGGUUGGAUUUCUUGGAUGCUUGUGAACAUGGUGCAAAAAAAGAAAGUUAGCUUACUCCCAUAAUGUUCAGAAUUUGUGGACUUUUAAAAUAGUAAAAUCCCAAUUGGAGAAUCUAGUGGAUGCCUAGAAGCAACUGUUCUUGUUAGAAUUCUCAGCUAAAAUCCUAGGAGAUGCAUAUGUAAUUGAGGAAACACUAAGAUGUACAGUACAGGUUGUUAGGCUUCUGUAUAAAAAGGCCUUUGCUGUAUAAACAAAAUCUUUUUAAAAAAAAUUAGGAUCUUUAACAUAAGGAACACUGCAAAAAAAAUUUGCAAUUGUUGGUCUCUCCAAAAUGUAGCAUUUUUCUUUAUUUCGUACAUCUUGUGGUCAUUUUUAUCCCAGUAACUUAAAAAUAUAGCACAUGUAUUAAAUUUUACUAUUUUUA